AUGAAAUCUGCAUCGUGUAGGUCAGCUCUUCAAAAUUCAGAUCACCUUACUUCAUCGGAUCUCUCCUUGUUCAAUGCGGCAGUUUCUCGAAUGCAAGAUGUUCGAUCUGAUCUUGACCAUCUAACUGAUAUGGGAAUUGCAAGUGGUAGUGGACCAGCUGAAAAUCUUGAAAACGCUCGGAAAGAUCGUGACUUGUCCCGUAAUCCACCGCAUAGUUCAAGCAUCACGUUAACUCCAGUUACUUGUCAACCUUCCACAUCGUUGAUCGAGCCUAGCGACUCACUUCCUCUCGCGACACCAAUGGUUAGCUCUGGUAAAAAUAGCUGUGAGGAAAUAAAUAAAAGAAAUAACUUUCUUUCCUUAAUGAAAUCAAACUCAGAUCAUCCAGAUAAAAUCUCGUCCGCAGCUGAUAUCGUUGAUUUCACAAAACUUGCUUGUGGUAAUCUUGAUGGUCAAAUGCAGUUUUGUGAGACAGAAUAUCGAAAUAAACUGAGUAAAACAUCCAAUGUAACUUCACUUGUUGAUCAUUUGACAGACGCAAAUUGUUUGCGUAGCAGUAAUUCAAGUACAGAUUAUCGUAUUAUGAGGGCGUCGUUAGAACCUAACACUGACUCACUUUCAAGGGUCCAUCAGAAAAAUGAUGCCAAGAAUAUUUCUACUGAACAAGAACCUCUUGAUGUCCCAGGUGAAUUCGGAGGGCCAAGUGGUUUAUGGAAUCACCAAAGUUGUAUUGGUUUAACUUCAUCAGAUCAUGGCUUCCCAUUUGUUGGAGAUACUAUGACAUCUUUGGUGUCUAACACAGAAGCAGAUCAAGAUGGCGCACUAAGUGACAGUUACGCUAACGGAAUUAAUCAGACUUCUGUCCAGAACAAUUGUUCCACCGCUGCAGCUAUAGCGUUAAAGCGUCCGAUUACAGGGGCUCAUCAAGCUACGCGUUUUCCUGCUGUGAAUAAGAAUGGUAUUUGGCCGAAUAAUUCUAUUGGGGUGUCGAACUCGACACUCGGUUAUUUGGUUUCUAACGCUUGGAGCAGUAGUGGUACCAACGCUUCGGCGAAAAUAAGUAAUGGUCUUGUUACUGAUUCUAAUCUGCCAGCCAUUGAUUUUCCGGGGAAUGAAGCCAAUACGAUAUCCUGGUCUCAGAGCUCAAACAUUCACCAAACGAUGCAGAAACAAAGUAUGCAGAAUAUCCCCAAUGUGAUAGGAGCUAUGGGUUUCACAAAUGGAACAACCAACAGUACUUCUUUAACUCGGACGCCUGUUUGUUUGGGUAUUGGCUCAAUGACGACAACCAGUAUGGGUAUUACCAGUAAUAACAAUAAAAUUAAUGAGACAGGUCUCUCAAACUUAUAUAGUAUGUUUCCUAAGCGCCCUCAACACCGUAUGAUGGCACAUUGGCAACAGCAACAACAGCAUCAUCAGACUUCACAAAACCAAAUAGCAGUCGGUAAGAGUCUCAUGAAUAUUUCUAGUAAUAGUUUGCAAUUAAAUGGCAAUCGUGGUAUUACAUCAGGGACUAGUUCCGUUAUGUCUACAAUUCCCAAUGGUUGUGGAGAUAGUGGUUUAAAUGGUACUUCUGGAGGUUUCAGUAGUAAUUCUAUCCUGCAAUCCUGA